CAAGGGUCUCCUGAGACCUCCCAUUCCACCACCUGCCCAUGAAGACCUGGCCAUCAUUGUCCGCUGUCCACACUCCCAGUAUGUUCAGCCUUCUGCUCCUGGCUGCCUCACUGAACGCUCAGAAUCAAAGCUGGGACCUUGCUAACUGCACCCAGGGCGUACUGUCUGUGCCUAGAGGCAGCCGCGCAGAGAUGAGCUGUAACAUCUCCAAUAACUUCACUUACGUCACCAUCUGGCUAGAAAACAACAUCAUCUUCAAUAAGACGCCCCAAGGAUACUUCCGCUGGAAAGAGUGGGAGCUCCACGUUCAAGGGGGCCAGGCACAGCUCGUGAUCAGCCGCACCCAGGAUGUCCACACAGGGGUAUACUUGUGGUACCUGCGCGGAUGCCAGGGAGAUUUCAAAAACAUCACCCUGAAUGUUUCAGAGCCUUCAAACAAGGAUGAGCCCACAGACAAGAGGCUAUCCACACCCCCCUCAGACGCACUGAUCCAGCCCAAGAGAGCUCCACUAGAGGACGGGCCUGAGACCCUCGCGGGAGUCCUGGUCGCUGUCAUCCUGAUCUUGGGACUCACAGGAAUCGGCGCACUAAUCUGCUACAGGCGCUACCAUUCAAGAAGUCCCCAUGGAUAUGUACUUCAGUGA